AUGACAGAAGAACUCGCUCGAGAUGUUUGCAUCAGGAGACCGCCCUAUACUCUUCAAACUCUUAUAAAAGAUAUGUUAUCGUCAGUGAUUGUUUUACUGCUCGUAACGGCAAUAUCCAUAACCGUUCUACCGACAUCAGCACAAUAUGACGCAACACAACACCGCGUCAAACGGCAAUGGGGAUAUGGAGGAUUUGGUGGAAUGGGAGGAUAUGGCGGAAUGGGAUGGGGCGGAAUGGGACGUCCACCACCACCACCACCUCCAAUGGGAGGAAUGUAUGGAGGAGGAAUGUAUGGAGGAGGAAUGUGGGGCAAAUAA